AUCACAAUUGCAAAAAAGGAAAGGCAAAUAUCAGAUAAUAUUCAUGGCUUCUUUACAAGUUUCAAAUACCCUUUUUUCUUCAUCUUCUUGUCGCUCUUCCAACAGAAUUAACGCUGCUAUAUCUGUCCCAAAACUCCCAAGAAUCAUAAGUUUAUCACCUCUGACAAAGCCAAAACAAUCAAGCACAAUCCCAGUAGAAAUGCUUGUUCCUAGCACGAAAUUGCUAGAGCAAAACAAGGUUGACGACUCUGGGAAUUCUAUGGUUACAGCCCAACUUUACGCCAUCUUGGAGGCUGUUGCUGAUAGAGUUGAGAUGCACCAUAACCUUGGCCAGCAACGUGACAACUGGAACACCCUUCUCUUGAACUCUAUCAAUAUGAUUACUCUCACUGCUGCAACCAUGGCUGGUGUUGCUGCAACUGGCGGCGCAGGAGCUUCACUUCUGGCUUUGAAGCUAUCAUCAACUCUCUUGUUCUCUGCGGCCGCUGGGAUGAUGGUAAUCGUGAACAAGAUGCAGCCGUCGCAACUUGCAGAAGAGCAACGUAAUGCAACGAGAUUGUUUAAGCAGCUCCAGAGAGAAAUACAAACUAUCCUUGCUCUGAGAGUUCCUAGUGAAAACCAGGUGAAAGAAGCAAUGGAGAAAGUUCUAGCGCUCGACCAAGCAUACCCGCUUCCAUUGCUAGGAAAAAUGAUUGAGAAGUUCCCUAAGACAUUUGAGCCUGCCGUAUGGUGGCCGUCAAGUCACUCACGGAUUAACAACAACGUAUCGGAAAGAGAACAAAAUACUAAUAAAAUGGAGAAGAAUGGAUGGAGCGAGAAGCUGGAAGAGGAGAUGAGAGAGAUUAUUGAAGGGUUAAAGACAAAAGAUAUAGAAGAUUACAUGAGACUAGGCAACUUGGUGUUGAAGACAAACAAGAUUCUAGCCAUCUCAGGGCCAUUACUCACCGGCAUUGCAGCAGUUGGGUCGGCUUUCGUAGGGUCUCCUCACGGGUCAUGGGCUGCUGUUGUUGCGGUGGCUGCAGGCGCAUUAGCCACCACAGUUAACACAUUGGAGCACGGUGCACAAGUUGGCACGGUGUUUGAGAUGUACAGAAACUGCGCUGGCUUCUUCAAACUCUUGGAAGAAUCAAUCGAAUCGACUCUCAAUGAAAGUAAUGUGGAGAAGAGAGAAAACGGGGAGAUGUUUGAGCUGAAAGUAGCCCUACAGUUGGGAAGAAGCACUUCAGAGCUCAGAGAUUUUUCUGAAAAAUCAAUUCAUUCCCGCAUGGAUGGAGCCGAACUAGAGGAGUUUGCAAGUAAACUUUUCUGAUGGGAGAUAAUUCAAUUUCCAAAACAAAACAUUAUUUCAUUCUUGUGAUAACAGAAGUAUAUAUUCAAUGUAUAAUCAAUCUAGCAUAGAAAACUAAGAAGAUGUUAGUAGCCUCUAAUUAUAUUAUUAGCUUUUUUUUAUUUUCAUUGAACAGAAAUUGUUUGGUUCAUUCCAUUUUUAGAUAUUUGAUCAUUGCCUCUAAUAUUA